AUGGCUGAGUUAAUGGGUUUUAUAAUACCAAACUUGGACUUUAUAUGGUCUGCCAAAUUCUGGUUUUAUUUCCAUAUUGUUAUAUGGCUUCAUCGCUAUGUGCGUCUUCUAGUCCACUGUGUCAGCCACUGGACCUACAAGUCCGUGCAGCCGAAAAAGGAUCCCAAGUUCACCUCGGCAGAUGUCACUGUCGUUAUUCCCACAAUCCACAAUCAAUUCGAGGAACUGCGGACCUCGCUUGAAAGCAUCCUAGCAUGCAAGCCCGCCAAGCUCAUACUCGUAACCACGUGGAACAAGUAUGAAGCGCUCACAGCAAUGGCGGCCACGCUGAGGAAGCCGGCGUGCGACCACCCCAUAAAAAUCGAAGUCCUUCAUGUGGACAAGGCAAACAAAAGACUGCAGGUGUGCAAGGCGUUGGAGGAUAACCAUGUCGAAACCGAAAUAACGGUCAUGGCUGACGAUGAUGUCGAGUGGCCAUCGACACUGAUGCCGUGGCUCCUUGCCCCAUUUGAGGACGAUCAAAUCGGCGGAGUCGGUACCUGCCAGCGGGUGAAGCGCAUCGAUGGCGACCUCACAACCCGCAUCUUCAACUGGCUUGGGGCGGCGUAUAUUGAGCGCCGCAACUUUGAGAUAUCAGCCACCCACAACAUCGACGGCGGUACUUCUUGCAUGUCUGGCCGUACCGGUGCCUACCGCUCGAGGAUUCUCAAGGGCUAUCCGUUCCUUAGUGGCUUCAAGAGCGAGAAAUGGGGCAAGUACAUCCUCAACGCUGAUGACGACAACUAUGUUACUCGCUGGUUGGUCGCGCACCAGUGGAAGACCUGGAUCCAGUAUGAGCCCGAGUGUGAGAUCGAGACGACGUUGGAAACCAGCGUCAAGUUCCUGUAUCAGUGUUCCCGCUGGGCGAGAAGCAACUGGAGAAGCAACUGGACCAGUCUUGUGCACGAGAGACACGUGCUUACUCAACAACCAUGGUGCACUUACGCUCUCCACAUCGCAACUUUUACGUCCUUGGCCUUUGUUGUCGACCCGCUCCUGCUCUGUUCAUGCUGGUGGGCCACCGAGGGCUGGGAUGUCAACGACCGGUACACUCUUUUGGCGGCUGAGAUCGUGUUCAUGUUUGGCUUCACCAAGGUCGUCAAGCUGGUUGGACUCUUCCGCAAGAACCCACGAGACCUUAUCUAUUUGCCUGUUUCGAUUCUCUUUGGAUAUUUCCAUGGCCUCAUCAAAUUAUACGCUCUUUUUACACUUAAACAUACUUCAUGGGGAAGCCGCGCCGAUGGUGAUGAGCACAAUACGUUCCGUCUGCAAGAGAAGCCUCCUCGCAGUCAGACCAUGUUGACACCAUCCGGACCAGGCUUGGAUGACUUAUCUGAGAAGCCUUUAAGAGGCUCUCGAAAGACCGGCGGUGUCACGCAGAGUCGACGCCUGACUACCACCGGCACCGCAGUCUCGCACAACACCUGUGAGCACACCGACGGCGGAACUGCGGCUGUACCCACGGACCUUCCACCCCCAUCUCUGCAAGGUUAA